UUCAUUUCUCCUGCUAAUUUGUUCAAAGGUGCAAAAGUGAACAAGCAGUAAGGAGGGAGAGAAGAUCUCCCUAUUCUCAAAUAUCUAAGGAGAUCUCUCAUCAGCUUCCUUUCAAAUUUAAUUUGUUUUUCUCUGUUUUGGAGUUUUCCUCUCAGUCCAAGAAGCAACAAUGUUUCCUGCUAUGUCUAAUUCCACUUCUUUGUCUGAGGAAGCUAAUAGUCUUUCUUCUGACUUCGGCCCCUUAAACCCACUCCUUCUCUCCACCAAUAUUUCUCCUCAUCAAUCUGAUCACCAGCACCCGUACCCAACCAACAAAAUCAAAAUGAAAAGAAGUCUCCCUGGAAACCCAGACCCAGAUGCUGAAGUGAUUGCAUUAUCCCCAAAGACUCUACUGGCCACAAACAGAUUUGUGUGUGAGAUUUGCAACAAGGGGUUUCAGAGAGAUCAGAAUCUUCAGCUUCACAGGAGAGGCCACAACCUUCCAUGGAAGCUGAAGCAAAGAAACAACAAGGAUCAGAUCAGAAAGAGAGCCUAUGUCUGCCCUGAGCCCUCAUGUGUUCAUCACCACCCUUCAAGAGCACUGGGUGACCUCACUGGGAUCAAGAAGCACUUUUGCAGGAAGCAUGGGGAGAAGAAGUGGAAGUGUGACAAGUGCUCCAAGAUCUAUGCUGUUCAAUCUGAUUGGAAGGCUCACUCCAAAACCUGUGGUACAAGAGAAUAUAGAUGCGACUGUGGAACCCUUUUCUCCAGGAAGGACAGCUUCAUAACUCACAGGGCAUUUUGUGAUGCUUUGGCUGAAGAAAGUGCAAAACUGUCAGCAAGCCAGUUAACCGCCACCAACACCACCACAAACCCAAAUAUUAUGACACCUCAAAUCUCUCUCUUCCCUUUCCAAAACCCACCACCACCCUUCACCACCAUCUCCCUCACUCCCUGGGACCCACCUCAUCAUCAAAACCCUAACCCUAACCUUAAUCACCAUCUCAUCAAGACUGAAUCUCAUCACCACAACCAUUUCCCAAAAACACAAUCCCACAAGGGUUUGUUGACCUCACCCUUCCAGAACCUCCAUCUCAGCACACAUCCCAGCUCAAAACCCUCCACGUCAUCCGCUCACCUGUCAGCCACUGCGCUCCUCCAAAAGGCUGCAACCGUUGGUUCUGCAUCAUCAGCAGCAGCCUCUGCUGGCCAACAGGCUCAGUCCGCUGGCUUGACCGUGGGCGAGUUUGGAACAGCGACCCAUAUGAAUAUGAUCUCGACCGACUAUCUAGGCGAGUUCACGUCCGGGGAUCUCGCCACGUGGCAGAAGACUGACCGCCUGACAAGGGAUUUUCUUGGUCUGACCGGGGAUGGCACGGGGAAUCAUAAUGUUGGUGCUGUUAACGUCGUCAAGGACAUGCUAACGUACGCCGGGGGCGUAGAGUUCCAUCAACAGCAGCAACAGCCGUACGAUCAGGCCCUGCGUGGUCAUAAUAAUUCGCUGCUGCUGAAGCCCCAAGGUUUUGGGUUCGCUGAGACCACUGCUGCUGCCUCGGAAACGUGGGGAGACUGUUGACUGCGUUGAGCCUCAAGUUUGACCGCGAGGGUAAAAGAGUAAUAUGGAGCUUUUUGAAAUGACAAAAAGACCCUUGCGUCCCAUGACCCUCGUCCAAACUCCAGACAUAAAUAUGGCAGAAAAUGGGUGAAAUUAAACUCUUUUUGGAUUGUGAUAGUUGUUUUUAUAUUUCGUACGUGAGUAAGUCUUCAGCCAUCGGUCACAACAAAAAUUCCAUAUUUUACUAGCUAGCUUAAUUAUCUAUUAAUCUUUUUGUUUACAUUUCAUGAAGCAAUUUGCCUGGAAAGUCUUUUAAGUUUUUAGGAAAUCACAUGAGAGACUUGGUUGUGU